AUGUCUUUAAACUCUUCCCUCAAUAACUCUAACCUUUCUAACUCCACGUCUGGAAUUGGCUCCAAUUUGACCUCCAAUUUGACCUCCAAUUUGACUUCAAACUCCUCUAGUAUUACUACUAACAGCCGCCUUGUCCAUUCCAAUGUUGUAGCACCAUCUUCCGUUACUGCCGGGGGCCUAUCAGGAUUUAAUACAUCUUCUGGUUCUCUUUCAUCAGCUACUCCAACCGUGAGUGAUGGUUCCAAGAUAAAAAACGGAGCAGGUGCUGGUCUAGUCGCUAACCCAUUGUCAUGGAAAUAUGGUGCUGCAUUGGGCGCUGUUAUUGUAGGUUCCUUUGUACUAGGUUCGGGUCUAUAA